UACCAGAAUCAAAAUCCCACAGUUUGCAUUCCACAUGACCAAAAUGGCAUUAUCCAAACCAAAACACACAUGCAAGUUUUUAUAAACAAACUUCCAAGUUCGGUUAAAGUAAUGGCAGUAGGUCCCACACUGGCUUCAUUAUCAAUGAUCCUCCUCACUCGCCGACUCAAACAAAAAACAGAAACAAGUACUACAAUAACACAAACGUUGGCAUAAGUUUAACAACACUGUCUCAUUCAGAAAUUGAUCAGAAACAGUAACAAGAAAUUGAUUUUUCAAUGGCGGUGGAAUAUCAGUGCUGUGAGACGGAGUUUUUCAUAAGGAUAGUGAUAAUUGUGUUGCUUGUUGUGUUUGCUGGAUUGAUGUCUGGGCUUACUUUGGGUCUCAUGUCUUUGAGCCUUGUUGACCUUGAGGUUCUUGCUAAAUCUGGUACUCCUCAGGAUCGAAAACAUGCCGAUAAAAUAUUGCCUGUUGUAAAAAAUCAGCAUCUAUUGCUAUGCACUCUUUUGAUUUGCAAUGCAGCUGCUAUGGAGGCGCUUCCGAUCUUUCUUGAUAGUCUUGUUGUUGCUUGGGGAGCAAUUCUAAUUUCUGUGACACUAAUUCUUCUGUUUGGUGAGAUUAUUCCUCAAUCGGUUUGUUCUCGGUAUGGUUUAACGAUCGGUGCAACAGUGGCUCCGGUUGUUCGUGUUCUUGUAUGGAUAUGUUUUCCAGUUGCUUAUCCAAUAAGCAAGUUGUUGGAUUUUUUGCUCGGCCAUCGCCACGAAGCCCUUUUCCGCCGAGCUGAGCUGAAAACACUUGUAAAUUUACAUGGUAACGAGGCGGGAAAAGGCGGUGAACUAACACACGAUGAAACAACUAUCAUUGCCGGGGCCUUAGAACUCUCUGAAAAAACUGCUGGUGAUGCUAUGAGUCCUAUAAAUGAAAUAUUUUCCAUUGAUAUUAAUUCAAAACUUGAUAGAGAUUUGAUGAAUGUAAUAUUGGAGAAAGGACAUAGCAGAGUUCCUGUUUAUUAUGAAGAGCCUACAAACAUCAUAGGACUUAUUCUGAUCAAGAAUUUGUUAACUAUUGAUCCAGAAGAGGAAGUACCUGUGAAAAGUGUGACCAUACGAAAAAUACCAAGGGUUCCCGAAAUGAUGCCACUGUAUGAUAUAUUGAAUGAAUUCCAGAAGGGACAUAGCCACAUGGCUGUUGUUGUGAGAAAUUUUGACAAGACUGGGCAACAAUCUUCCAACAAUAAUUGCAAUGAUUCAGGUGGAGAUGUGAAAGUGACUAUUGAUAUUGAAAAGACUCCUCAAGAAAAAAUGUUGAAAAAUAAGAUGCAACUUCACAAGAGAAAAAGCUUACCAAAUUCAAGUAAUUCAAAUAGGAGUACUGCUGGUUCUUCUAGGAGCAAAAAAUGGUCACAAAAUAUUUACUCAGAUAUUUUGGAAAUUGAUGGAAAUUCAAUUCCAAAGCUACCUGAAAAAGAAGAAGCUGUUGGAAUUAUUACAAUGGAAGAUGUAAUUGAAGAGCUUUUGCAGGAGGAGAUCUUUGAUGAGACAGAUCAUCAUUUUGAAGACUCAUAACAAUGAUAUCUUGAUAAAAGUUAGAUUUUCUUGUUUAUGUAGAUUCAUAUAUAAGUUGCUUAGGUUAAUUUAAUUAGAUAAUGAGAAAAGUUUGUGAUUGGAAAAUGACUAGCUAGCCAUUAUUCCUUGUGAAAAGUAGUAGUGAUGGUGAAAGCUUUUGUUGUUGUAACAUGUUUGAAUCUAAUAAUUUUCAAUUUUGAGUAAUA